AUGGCUACUUCACCGGCGAGACAACAAGCACUCAUUCGACGAGCAUCUGCGGACGAUGUCGCUCUCAUGCCCCCGCCCCCUCUCAAGCGGAUAAAAAGACCCCCCAAAGUUCUGGACGAAGAUGAAUACACCCAGGCACUGUCCGACAUCAUCGCCCGCGACUAUUUCCCGGGCCUGCUGGAAAGCCAGGCGCAGCAUGAGUACUUGACGGCAUUAGACUCCGGGAACGAGUCGUGGAUCGUGGAGGCAGCACAGAAACUAAGACAGGCCGCAGCGCCGGGGACAGGCAUCAAGAGGAGGUCCGCGCGGAACACUCGAUUCGACAGGACGCCGUCAGCGACACCCCGAGGAGUUGCCGUGGGAGAUACGCCGGUGGGAUACACAGGGAGCGAGACACCUGUGACAGUCGCCGGGAGUGAAGCUGGAGAAGAAGAUGAAAGGGGAGGGGAGCAGCCAACAAAACAAUUGGACACGUCGAGAUUUUCACUAGGUUCAUUUCAGGCGAAAUACACCUCGGAGGACAAUGAGUCGUUCAAUGCUCUGCUCGACAAGCAGAACCAAAACCGCCGCGAGAAACAUGCCCACCUGUGGACUCAGGACCAGCGCCUCCCGUCCGCACGCCAAAUCGCCCACCGGGCCCGCGAAGCCCGACUUCUCAAGGAGCGCGAAGAACACGAAGCGGCGGGGGGCAAAGCCUUGAUCCCUAUGACAGCAGGAGCGACGGAUGCACGUCUCGCCCGUCCUGACGCCUGGAAGAUCAGGCGUCCGGACAACAGCUUCAUGUUCAACACGACGUCCGUGGACGAAGACGGGCUGCAGACCGUGCAGGAGGUCAAGGAGCAGAACUCCAAGGCCGGCCCGAAACACGUGGUCCACGCAAACACACGGUUUUCGCCGAUGCAGUACGUCGAUGAUCCUGGACCGGUCCCUUCGUCACCGUCGCUCAACUCGGAAAUCAUCGCGCAGCGGACCGCCCAAAAAAGAUAUCGUGGCGAUGAUGGUGAUUCGACAGCCACAGCGACGGAAUUCCCGGUUAGCGAGACUCCGCGUGUCAACGGCUACGCAUUCGUCGACGAGGACGAGCCCGAGAACCUGCCAUCCGCGACUGUCUCCUCGACUCCCAGUUACCGCGAUCUCCUGGCGGGCCAGGUGGGCGACGGCACGCCCAACCCGUUCAAGAUCAGCGAGCUCCGCAAACGCGAGGAUCUGCAUCUACGGAUGCUAGAGAAGCAGGCGAAGAGCAAAAGGGAAAAGGAAUGGGAGACCCUGAGAAGUUUGGUGACUACACCUGCGUCGACAGCAGCCGGAAACAUGACCCCUGCUGCGCGACGGCUGAUGGAGAAGCUGGGCGGGAAGACGCCCACGAGGAAAUCUGGGCUGGGACUCAUGGGCGGUGAAACAGACGGUGUCGACACGAAGGACAUGUGGACUCCAGCACGGACAACGCCGCGGAGGAGACAGCAUGCUGGCAAAUGA